AUGGCGUAUAACGUACGUGGAUAUAGUGUGCCGGAGGACAUCAAUAGCGUUGAGACCACCGGUUUUUGUGGAUUCGGAUCCACGUCGGUGACUUGGAUAAUUGCAAAUCUUUUAGCGAGGGACUUGCACCACACGAACUCGCUCGAUGAUUCGGUCUCAUCCAGAAGAAGUGCGUCCAGUCCUGGCGUUUUGCCGAGUAAACCGGAGUCGAUGACGAGACAGGGGUUCAAGAGGUACAUCACUUGCAAAACCUCUCGAAUGCGUGGUGGAGUUUUGCAGUUGAUCGCGGAGGUCUUUGGGACGUACUUGAUAUUCGCCGGUUGCGGGUCGGUGGCGGUGAACUGGACACGAAAAGUGCAGACGCUUCCAGGGAUAUCGAUGGUGCGGGUUUUGGCGGUGAUGGUGUUGGUGUACUCGGUCGGGCACAUCUCCGGCGCCCAUUUCAACCCGGCCGUCACCGUUGCUUUCGCCACCUGCAGGAGGUUUCCAUGGAAUCAGGUGCCUUCCUAUAUAACGGCGCAAGUUAUUGGAUCGACAUUGGCGUGCGGGACGCUGCGGUUGCUCUUCACCGGAAAGCUCAAUCAUUGUGGGACACAACCGCCCGGUUCGGAUGUGCAAGUCGUCUUUGAGUUCAUCAUCACUUUUUACCUCAUGUUCAUCGUCUCCGGCGUUGGCACCCGACAAUAGAGCAGUGAGAGAAUUCGCCGUCUUGUUGUUGGUGCAACCGUCUUGCUCAACGUGUUGUUUGCAGGGCCAAUAACGGGAGCAUCAAUGAACCCGGCAAAGGAGCUUGGUCCGGCGAUAGUGUCUCACCAUUACGCCAAGCUGUGGAUCUACAUAGUGGCACCAAUAGUCGGGGCAAUUUCCGGGGCAUGGGUCUACAACCUGAUGCGGUUCACCGACAAGCCCAUCCGAGAAAUCACCGGGUCGUUCCUCCGGAGCCCGCUUGAACCCUCUCUCUUUGACUCAACAUUGAAGUCAAACUCCUUUUGUUGUUCUCAUUUUCUCUCUUGA